ACAUACCCAUACCUAUUUGUACACUAUGUAUUUAUUUACAUUGUCCGCGAAAGCGAAGCUGCAAUCAUCUCCUCAUGCAGUCUAUUAAAUAUUUAAAGUUAGUGAUAUUUUAAAUCAUAUUUGUGUAGAUGUUUCCUAUGUUCAUCAUCAUAAUGAAUUGUUUAUGUGGCGAUGCAGAAAAGUGCAAUGACUGAAAAGAAACGUGGCGUAUAGGACCUUUUUGACGUGAGAAUGUUUAAAUGUCAAAGUUCAUUCGUAGACCGCGGGCGGUAUUGUUUAGUGAGGAAAGAAAAGAGCAAAUUUAAAAAUAUCUGUGCGAUGAUUUAGUGUAAGGCAGAUACUUUAAAAAUGCCUGUAAAGUAAUGGCUGUACAGUGUUUUUUCGUGAUGUUUGAACGUGUCAAAUAAGGAUAGAAACCGUGGAUUUUCAUUAGCAAGGUUUCCAUGUGAUGAAGUGAUAGCUCCAGCAAGAUGUUGAUCAAAGAAUAUAGAAUACCACUACCGCUGACUGUGGAGGAGUACCGCAUCGCCCAACUGUACAUGAUAGCCAAGAAGAGCAGAGAAGAGAGCACAGGAGAAGGUAGUGGUGUUGAAAUAGUAGUCAACGAGCCAUAUGAAGACGGGCCUGGAGGUAAAGGUCAGUACACACAAAAAAUAUAUCAUGUUGGAAGCCAUCUACCAGGAUGGUUCAAAAGUUUACUGCCCAAAUCAGCGCUUACAGUCUCAGAGGAAGCAUGGAAUGCUUACCCCUACACAAAAACCAGAUACACCUGCCCUUUUGUUGAAAAGUUCUCAUUGGAAAUAGAAACAUAUUAUUUCCCUGACAAUGGCCAUCAAGAGAAUGUCUUUAAACUAACUGGUAGUGACAUGAAAAAUAGGGUGGUUGAUCUUAUUGAUGUUGUAAAAGACCAGUUGUAUGGAGCGGAUUAUGUCAAAGAAGAGGAUCCCAAAUGUUUUGUAUCUGAGAAAUGUAACAGGGGCCCUCUGUCAGAGUCGUGGCUUGAAGAUUACUGGAAAGAAGUACAAGGGAAACCGCAGCCUUUGCCAAAUGGUAAAUCGCUUAUGUGUGCAUACAAGUUAUGUAGAGUAGAAUUCCGCUAUUGGGGAAUGCAAACUAAACUAGAAAAGUUCAUCCAUGAUGUGGCACUCAGAAAAACAAUGCUACGAGCCCAUAGGCAAGCAUGGGCAUGGCAAGAUGAAUGGCAUGGGUUGACAAUGGAUGACAUCCGAGAAAUUGAGAGACAAACUCAACUUGCCCUUCAAAAGAAAAUGGCAGGAGAAACUUCUGAAGAACCAGAAAACACUGAAGAUAAUUCAAAAUCUCUUGCUGCUACAAUGAGUAGUUUGGAAAAGAAUGAAGAAAUGCCUACACCUGUCGCCCCCAAACGACAUGCUGCCGAGAGUAAAACGCAAAUUCAUUUAUCUCCAGAGUUGACUCCUCCUUCCCAGCAUCGUGGUCACCAGAGCAAAGGAAUUCGGUCCUCAUCGUCAGGCUCAAUUAAAAGUUUACAAGUCCAAGCGGCAAACUGGAGGAUGGAAAGUCUGGUGAGGGAGUCUGAAACUGAAACUGGUUCGGAGGAUGAAUUUUAUGACUGUGAGUCCUCAUUUAAUAAAUGGUCAUCUUUAUGCUCUCUAGAUGAAGCCGACAUUGACAUUUCGCCUUCUGCAGGCGAAGCAAACCAAGAAGAUAGCAUAUUUAAUCCAUCUUUCUUGAAAAGAGUGACUUCCGAAAGAGGAUCUCGACGAAUGGGCACACUGCAAAGUCGUCAAAGCGUCGAUGGCUGCCCUGACACCCCUGUUCAUAGUUCAUGUUCAACAACUGUUCUCAUUCUUGUUUUUCAUGCUGGAAGUGUUCUGGAUGCUAACGUAGAUAUGACUGCCAAAAAAUCUGAUGUGACAACGUUCAAGGGAGCGUUUGAGUCUGUAAUGCGACAACACUAUCCGACAUUAGUUGGACACAUUCAAAUAAAGUUAGUUUCGUGUCCAUCUGUCUGCACUGAAUCAUUAGGAGUGCUUUCUACAUUGAGCCCUUACAGUUUCGAUUGUUCACCAUCAACUGUUGAAUCUCCUUCACUUACAAAUGAUCUAAUACCCAUUGGUGCUAUACCGCUUAUUGCGACAUCUUCACCAGAAUAUCAUGAGUCGGUUACGAAGACAAUCAAUUCGGCAAAUUCUGUUUACAAUGAAUUUAUCAAAUCUGAUGACGGCAAGGGCUUUAAUGGUCAAGUAUGCAUAGUCGGUGACAGUAUGGGAUCGGUGUUGGCUUACGAUGCGAUGUGCCGUACAAUGCAAUAUCAAUCUCGACACGAUAGUGAAAAUAGCAUUCUUGAUACUGAAAUUACUAUUCCAAAUGAUCUCACAGAGAAUUAUUUAAACAAAAAUCACCUCCAGGCACCGCCCACCAGGAGAAGAUCGUCAUCAACUAGUGACCAUCAAGUGAAAUUUGAUUUUGAAAUAAGCGAUUUCUUUACAUUUGGUAGCCCACUUUCGCUGAUUUUAGCAUCAAGAAAAAUAUCUGAUGAUAAACCUCGAGAAAUAGUCAAGCCACCGGUACAACAAGUGUACAAUCUUUUUCACCCCACUGACCCGGUUGCUUCUCGGCUAGAACCACUACUAUCGGCCAGAUUCACGAAUUUACCUCCAAUAAACGUAGCGAGGUAUGCUAAAUAUCCUCUAGGAAAUGGCCAGCCGUAUCAUUUAAUGGAGCUAAUUCAAAGUCAUCCACAAUUAUUUGGAGAUCAUUUACAAAUGCCACCUACGCCAGUUUUAAGGAGACUUUCAGAGGCAUCAGUUCAGAGCACCAUUAGUGGACUUGUUGAUAAUAUUCCAUUGAUAACCAUGAACGCUUUACAACAAAAAUGGUGGGGUUCCAAAAGGCUAGACUAUGCUUUGUAUUGCCCUGAAGGCCUGACAAGUUUUCCCACGAAUGCUUUGCCCCACUUAUUCCACGCAAGCUAUUGGGAGAGUUCGGACGUUAUAGCUUUCAUAUUACGCCAAGUUGGUCACUUUGACUUUUCCUUAUAUGGACAUUCAGACGAUAAAGAUUCGCCUCUAUUCAAGCCUGGACAGGAACGAGAAAAAUGGAUGAGAAAAAGAACAUCUGUAAAGUUAAAGAACGUAGCAGCCAAUCACAGAGCUAACGAUGUUAUUGUCAAAGAAGGCUGUCCGCAAACGUUUUCAGCAAGAUUUAUGUAUGGUCCUCUAGACAUGAUAACUUUGACGGGAGAGAAAGUGGACAUACACAUGAUCAAAGACCCUCCAGGUGGAGAGUGGGUUCUUUUGUCAACCGUGGUUACUGACAAAACAGGAAGGAUCACCUACACUCUCAGCGAGAGGCAAAGUGUUGCUUGUGGAAUUUAUCCCGUGAGACUUGUAGUCCGAGGCGAUCACACUAGUUGCAACUUCCAUUUGGCUGUGGUGCCUCCACAGACGGAAUGCGUCGUAUUCAGUAUCGAUGGCUCCUUCACUGCUAGUGUGUCUGUCACUGGACGAGAUCCCAAAGUAAGAGCUGGUGCAGUAGAUGUUGUGCGUUUCUGGCAAGAUCUCGGAUAUCUCAUACUCUACAUUACGGGGAGACCAGAUAUGCAGCAGCGGAAAGUGGUGUCAUGGCUGGCCGAGCACAACUUUCCUCACGGGCUAGUUUGCUUCUCAGAUGGACUUUCAACAGACCCGCUAGGCCAUAAAGCAGCACACUUGAACAAUCUCAUAAACGAGCACGGAGUGAUACUAUACGCCGCUUACGGAUCGGGGAAAGACAUAAGUGUGUACAACAAUUGUGGGUUAUCUUCCAAGCAGAUCUAUGCCAUUGGGCGUAUAAGCAAAAAGUAUGCUAAUAUGGCUACAACUCUGAACGACGGAUAUGCUUCUCAUUUGGCUGACUUGCGGCAGCCGGGAGCAGUGAGGCCGGCUAGAGGCAACGCUCGCCUGUUGGUGCCGCGCCGGCUGCUCGCCCCGGUAGCCAAUGUCACCAUCACUCGCGGAAAACGCUAACUGCUGUAGGACUGUCUUCAUUGCAAUGUUCCGAAGUGUUAAGAUUUUAAAGUUGUUGUGUGCAAUUUCUAUGGUUGUUAGAUGUGAAUGUUUUUGUGUUCGACAAGUCAGUGGCUGGAGAGUAUUGAUAUUUCUGUAUAGAAGUGCUUGAGACUGUAUUUGUUGUUCUUUUUGUAUUUUCAAAUACCUACAUAAUUAUAUAAUGUUAUGUAAAAAAUAUGUGUGAUCGUAAUGUAUAACUGAUCAAACUAUAAAUUAAAUUGAUGUCACGCUGUACCUUACUAAUAUUAUAUUAUGAUUAUUGAACUAUUAUCUAUCCAUUAAUGUACGUAUAGUCAACUGUGUUAGCAGUGGUAGUAUUUAUAAAUAUCUAUUUAUGUUUACCUAAAUAUUUAUAUUGUAAGUAUAUUUAUUCUUAACUGUUU